AUGCUUCUCAGGAACGGCCGGAGAAGCCUUUCCCUCCACCACGCAGCCGUCUUUCGACCCCUCCGCCCGACACCCCGAUUCCCUCUGACCGCAAUCGCUGCGAGCCAACGACCCGCUCGUUGCUUCGGCACUCAGCAGCAACCAGCUCGUCCCACGACUACGAGGACCAGUCUCAGCGCUGGACGAAACCUCGCCACCAGCGUCGACGAACACCAAUCAGCCGACAGUUCCAAGUAUGAUAGACUUGCCAGCUCCAUCUUGCCGCCAUACGGCAACGGCUCGACACGCCAAAGCAUCCAUGAACUACGACCGUUCGAUCCCUCCUCGCCCCUCGUUCUGGACGGUCCUAUGGAGGACGACACACCCCGUAAGAAAAUGAACAGAUUGGGAGUAUCGGGAAACCUGGACGAGAUGCUACUUGUCUUCGACGCUUGUCUUCGCGUCGGAAAGGUUGACCGCGCCGAACUGAUCCUCAAGCGCAUGGCCCUCUACAACUUUUUGCCCGGCGAAGAGCUCAUUUUCCUAUACAACCGAUACCUCCGCACCUCUCUCGAACAGUUGCGCCUGCAUCCCGACAGCGAACAAGCAGCGAAGCUCCACAAGUGGUAUGUGCUGAACAUUCGCUCUAAGGGUCUCCCUCAGACCGCCGAGACCGUCGCCUGUAUGGUCAAGGCCUCGCUGCUCUCGGAGCGCUCCCAUUCCAAUCGCGAUGCCUUGAUUACUCACUACAUGAGCUUGGCUCCCGGGGAGGCCGGUCUCCACGUCUUGUCGAUGGCAGACAUCCUCAGCGACAAGGACCUUGCUAUCAUAACCAAAAUCUUCCCGGAUUACAAUAUCGCCCCCCAACCACGACCCGACUCAUCCAAUGCCAUUCAACCUGAAGCACACGCCGAGCCUUCUGCCCUCGGAGAACUGUCCCGCAAGGCCGGUGAAGCCGAUCAGCCGCAGUCUAUGCCCGAGGUCUUGGCCACGCCUCAGAAGGGCUUUGGGUUGAAGACCUUGAAGCACACCCUGAGUCUGUUCGACGAGAUUCCCCAGAACUGCGAUAUCUCGACUUUGCCCCUGCGCGAGCGGAGGGAAAUCCAGGCUCGCCUCGAGCGCGACUGCAUCGACGCCGCCGUGAACCGUUGGCGCGAGGAGAAUGAAUCGCUGCAAAAGAUGGGUCUCAACACAGCCGUCUCGCACGCGACCCUGAACUCGCGACUCUACGACUGGCAACUCGCGUUGGAGGCUCGGUUUAAAGAGGAAAUGGUCGCAAUCGAAGCCGCCGAGACCGCCGUGAAAAAGAGUCCCGCAGACUACGAUCGGUGCAUCUACGGGCCUUUUCUGCGUCUCUCGACCCCGACCCGUCUCGCUGCCGUCACCAUUCUGGGUGCUCUGAGCUCAACCGUCAUUACCGGCAUCGACCGAGGCAUGCCCCUUUCGGCAGCCAUUGUCAGUCUUGCUAAGAUGACCGAGGAGGAUAUCCGAGAUCAAGCUGCGACGCAAAAAAAGACGGCACAAAAACCGAAAUCCAGACGAAUGGUCAUGUCACCAACGCCUACCAACGUGGCGAACGACAAACGAUCGGCCGAGGAAACAAGCAACCAUUUUUCUCAGCUCAGUGAAACCGCCGUGGCCGACAAACCAUGGCCGGUCGCCGUCCGGGCAAAGGUCGGCGCGGCGCUGCUCUCGGCCCUCAUCGAGACGGCUAAGAUCAAGGUGGUGAAGGAGCACCCCGAGACCAAGGCCUUGGUCAGCCAGUAUCAGCCCGCCUUCUCCCACGUCAGCCGGCUAAAGAAGGGCAAGAAGACCGGCAUGAUACUGUUGAACAAGGAGCUGGUCAACAUCAUGAAGCGAGAGCCCCAGGGCGACUAUCUUGCCAAGCACCUGCCCAUGGUUGUCGAGCCCGAGCCGUGGCAGGCCUUCGACAAGGGCGGCUUUUUGGAAAGCAGGGCCAAUCUGGUUCGCAUCAAGCAGGGCGAUAAGGACCAGAAGCUGUACAGCGAGGCUGCCAUCGCUCGCGGAGACAUGGACCAGGUAUUCAAGGGCCUGGACGUCCUGGGCAAGACGCCAUGGCGCGUCAACACCCCCGUCCUCAACGUCAUGCUCGCCGCUUGGAACACGGGCGAGGCGCUGGCAAACCUGCCCGCGUUGAACCCCAACAUCCCCAUACCCCGCGAGCCCGAAGCGACCAACGACCCGCUGGCGCACAGAGCCUGGGUCAGGGCAGUCAGGGCGGCCGAAAACGAACGGGGCGGUAUGCACUCGGUCCGCUGCUUCAUGAACUUCCAGCUGGAAAUCGCGCGGGCCUUCAGGAACCAGACCUUUUACUUCCCCCACAACAUCGACUUCCGAGGCCGCGCCUAUCCGUUGCCGACCUACCUCAACCACAUGGGUGCCGACCACGUCCGAGGCCUCCUCCGUUUUGCCAACGGCAAAGAGCUGGGCGAGGAGGGCCUUAAGUGGCUCAAGGUCCACGUGGCCAACGUCUUCGGUUUCGACAAGGCCAGCCUCAAGGAGAGGGAGUCGUUCGCCAUGGACAACCUCGUCAACAUCUUCGACUCGGCAAACAACCCGCUCGACGGCACUCGGUGGUGGCUCAAGGCCGAAGACCCGUGGCAGUGCCUCGCGACCUGUUUCGAGCUCAAGGCCGCUCUCGAAUCUCCGGAGCCAACAAAGUUCGUCUCCCAUCUCCCUGUACACCAGGACGGCACUUGCAACGGUCUCCAGCAUUACGCCGCCCUCGGCGGUGACUCGUGGGGUGCUCGGCAGGUCAACCUCGAGCCUGGCGACAAGCCUGCCGACGUCUACUCGGCCGUCGCCAACAUUGUCAAGGAGCACAUCGCCAAGGACGCCGAGUCGGGCAACGUAAUCGCCGUGGCCCUGCGUGACAAGAUCACCAGAAAGGUUGUCAAGCAGACCGUCAUGACCAACGUCUACGGCGUCACCUUUGCCGGCGCCAAGAAGCAAGUUUGCAAGCAGCUCGAUUCGCUGUACCCGGACCUGCCCAAGGAGUCUGGCUUUGACAACAUCAUUACCUCCUCCUACGUCGCCACGCUUGUGUUCAAAGCCCUUUCGUCCAUGUUCCGCGGCGCCCACGACAUCCAGUACUGGCUCGGCGAGAUUGGCGGCCGCGUCUGCCGAGCCCUUUCCGCCGAGCAGUUGGAGCGAAUCAAGAACGACAACAUCCUACCCUCGUCGUCCGCCACGGCCAAGGCCGGUGACAGAAAGACGACGACGGAUGACAUCCUGGCCCAGUUCCGCGCGACCAUCGUCUGGACCACGCCCCUCCGCAUGCCCAUCUCACAGCCGUACCGCAAGAGCGGCACCCGUUGCAUCAAGACGUCCCUUCAGGAUCUGUCCCUGAUCAUCCCCGAGCGCUCCGACCCCGUCCAUCGCAGGAAGCAGCUUCAGGCCUUCCCUCCCAACUUUAUCCAUUCCCUCGACGCGACGCACAUGCUGCUAUCUGCUCUCGAGUGUCAUGAGCUCGGCCUCGACUUCGCUGCCGUCCACGACUCGUUCUGGACCCACGCCUCCGACGUCAACACCAUGAACCGUGUCCUCCGUGACGCCUUUAUCAGAAUCCAUGAGGAGGACGUCGUCGGGCGUCUCGCCGCCGAGUUUGAGGCCCGGUACCGCGGAUCCAUCUACCUCGCCAAGAUCAACUCGGGUACGCCCGUGGAGAAGAAGAUCACAGCGCUUCGCAAGAAGUUCAAGAUGUCAACUCGCGAUGAACUUCUCGCCGAGUACAAGAGACAGACGCUCCUCCGUUCCCUCGACCCGGAGCAGGUCGCCGAAGGCAAGAAGAUGGUGACGCCCGCCAGCAUCUUUGAGGAGAUGUCGGCCAACGAGUCCCUCGCCGAGCCGGAAGACAUGGAGGGUCUCGGACUCGGUUCCAUCUCCGACAAGGAAGGCCUAGACCUGGCCGAUGACGAGAUCGGCGAGUCUGAACAGGGCAUCGAUGACGAGAUCGCCGCGGAAGCUCCUGAGGCCGAGGACGAGGCCGCUAAGGACGAUUCGCCCGGAGCCAAGUGGAUGGAGAGAUUGACGGAGAACGCAAAGGUCUCAUUCUUUGAACGGACCGUCGUUAACCAGACCAAAACAAAGCAGAAGCAGGCCGGCGCCAUCCAGGUGUGGCUCCCGCUGACUUUCCCGGCCAUCCCCGAGAAGGGCGACUUUGAUGUCCAGAGGCUGAAGAAGAGCGAGUACUUCUUCUCCUAA